AUGUGGCCUUCUGACACAAUUCAUUAGGUUUCGUAAUUCAUGUUCAGAAUGAAGGUUGGAAGUCUAUGCAAUGCAGAUCACACACAUACAACGCACGGUUCUCAAGUGUUUCUGGGACUUAUAUUUAUGCUUGCUUUUGCAGCACGUGCACUGGAGCUGACGCUUGUUUCAUGUGUUUCGGUCAGUAUGCCUUGUUGCCUGACGGACUCGUGCCCUAUUCCCUCCAAGUUGCCGGUCACACGAACUCCGCUAGAUCAGGCGCCGCCCUACUUCAUCGCCCGGGAAUUCCAAUAGUCUACAAGUCAUUGUGUCUAGAUGGCCGUGGACAACGAGAAGUGGCGUUUUAUCAAGAAGUCUACGACCCAGAAGCUCCUGAAACCUUACGACUAUUGCGUGAAUUUAUCCCUCACUAUAUCGGCGUAUUCCAGUGUCUCCAUUUUCGUGAGCUUUACCUUGGUUUGUCUGAUUUGUUCGGCUCUCUCAACCGACCUAAUAUAUGUGAUUUCAAGCUGGGCACCGUAAGCUACGGUCCAAACGCAACACAGUCCAAAAUUACACAUGAAGAGUCGAAGUAUAUCUGGCGAAAAACGCUGGGCUUCCUGUUAUGUGGAAUGCAAAUUCACGACUCUACCCAGGACACUUUUUUUCAACCCGAUAAAAAGUUUUGCCGCAGCAUUGCCGCGCACGAAAUGCUUGACAAAGUUAUACUACCAUUCCUGGGUCCAGACCCUGACCGACGAAGGUAUCUUUCCCACUCCUACGUCCAGGUAAUCACGAACCUUCUGGAUUGGUUUGAAGGUCAGGGUAGCUCUUAUAUAUUAUUCUGCUGCACGUCGCUUCUUUUGGGGCACGAUGCUGUAAACCCCCCUCUCGACCCGACAGCCACCGCGAAAUUGAUAGAUUUCUCCCACUGGAUUGAAGUGAAGGAAGCAUCGGCCCCAGAUUCGCCAAGCGCCAUCAGACAUGACUUGUUCACCGGUUUCGCACACGGUCUCCGUAGUUUACGUGGUUUUCUGGUUGAGGCUGUUGUUGCUAAAUCGAUGGAUUGAUUAGAUCAGAUCAUUCUACCGAUUGUCUUUCAUUCCGGCUACUCACUAUCACCUAUUUUCCUUUGCUUACUUCUGUCAAGUCGCCCGGUUCCCGUUUUAAAGAGCCUGGCUUUCGAUCAUCUCUCGUGUACACCAAUUUGCCCAACUAUGUUACAGUCAAUAUCGACAAUUCUGCUCCUUUUUUCGCUGUUUUUUUUUCGUUUUGCGUUGUUUCGUACUGGUGUUGCUUUUCUGUUAUAGAAUUUUUUAACGGUUGCAAGUGAAUAAUGGUCUUGAUUGGAACCAUUAAUUGAAACAGCUCAUAGAUCGUCCUUGCUAUCUCCCACAAACUGACGCAAUAAUCUCAAAACGGGCCUUCGUUUAAGAGGAUCCACGAUGUACUCUACUAAAGAUUGUUUCCGAUGUCUUCCAAACGUGCAACGCAUGUGCAUUCACUGGUGCUUCAGUAACUUACGUACAUUUCUCAACUGGAGGGGGUGUUCUGAUACCACGUCACCCCCAAGAAGAGCCAUGUCUCCAUGGAUGAAAACAGAUGAAUGUGCGGUGUGAACAGGGAGUCUUUUGUCAAAAUUGCAAUGGAAGAAUAUGAAUUCAGUUAUCUCUAUCAAUGUACUUUUUGCGGUAAAAUAUCAUCCAGUAAAACCUAAUCAUUGAUUGAAUUUAUCAAGAUAACUCAAAGUCAAUUUACGACAUGACACAACUGGC